AUGGUCUCAACUGAUAGCAAAGCAUGCAUUUUAAAUUAUGUAAGAAAUUGCUUUGCAUCAGGAGACGACUCGGGGUUUUGUGAACAGCUUCUUAACGGUGCUGAAUCAGCCACUGAUGAAGAAAUCCACUGCAUUUUAAGUGGAAAAUAUUCAAGUAAAAUCGUUGACACAGAAUCCGAGAAUUUCUAUAGAUAUUCUCCAGAAUGCCCUUUUGUUCCUUGUGAGGAUCCACUUCUUCUUCUCAAUGCUUCUGCAGACGAUUGUGAGAACUCCACGAAUAUUUCGAGGUCUUCACGAAAAGGAAAUCCGCCGGAAACCCGAGAACUGUCCGCUGAGGAAAUAGACAAAUAUUUCCCUGCAAAACCAAUAAUUCGAACAAAUAAACCAAGUGAACCAUUUAAAUCAGCACUCACAUUAGCCCUGGAAGAAGCUAAAUUAAGUGGACAACUAAAAAGAAAUAAAAUAUUUUCUGACUUCGCUGUUUAUGAUGCUCGAUCAGUACUAAACUCUCCUCUACGCCAGUUCAAUGUGUGGUUAUGGAGACUCAAUGGAUUUCCACGGACGUUAAUUAAAGUGCAACCGCGACUUGGUACUACAGUACAACAAUUUAUAGGACUUACUUUAUGGCAGUAUAUUAAUGAGUUUUCAACUUCUGGUAGUGAUAAUACUCAUUUAUCAAGUCGUUUGGAUCAACUGGAUGAAUCAUUUUUAGAUCGACUUGCCUUGUACAUGUUUGAUACAUCCGAUGAUGAUGAAGAUGUUGACUCAGAAUUUCCACCACUUGAAUUGAAUGAUCCGAUUCAUAAGUAUCAAUUUGAAUCAUUUGCUCUUGUUGAACGAGUUGAAACAUCCUUACACGAACAAUCGAAAGCAGAGGUGACAAGUGUACUAGUUACAAUACAUAUGGCUCAAGGGAUGAGUGUACUCCGUUUUCCAUCAGAUACGCUUUUAAGUGCAGUUCUAGAACGUGCUGUCUAUCGUCGCCGACUACGUCAACACGGUGGUUAUGCUUAUCGACUGGAACUAUGGCCAAAAAAUACAGAUCAACAAACAAAUUGCCCAAAAGUUGGUGGUGGUAGCACUUUCCUGUCAAAUAUAACUAAUACACAGUUCAAAAAUAAAAAUUCACAGUUAGAUUUAAAUCAACGAUUGAGUUAUUUUAUUUCAGCUGGACUGCCUUUACACUUUCUUCUUGUUCGAGAAAGCAGUCGUUGUGAUCCAGCACUUUCAGAACACGGUGGUGAUAUCGAAACAAUCGAACAAAUAGAUUCUGCACCAAUGUUAGAUACAUCAGAACCAGUACAUACAGCUUUACAGUUAAGACAAUAUCAGGUGACAUACUUGAAAGGCCUUUUUCCACGUGAAGUUCAAUUAAAUAUUUCCCUGAAUGAAGUUAAACUUGAACAGGGAAGUACAUCGAAAACCCGUCGAAAAUUAUUCUCAAAAAUAAUGAAACCGAUUAGCAUAGAAAUUAAUGCAAUUGCUGAUUGUGAAUUAAUCUCUUCUGGAUUUUCUACCGGCAGUGGAGUGGAUAAUAAAUCUGGUUGUGGGAACAAUGAUUCAAAAACUAUCAGUAUGAGCAGUAGUAGUGCAUUGACAGUCGGUGGUAUUGGUGGUGGUGGUGCACUUACUGACAACAUCACAUCUACAGAUGCAUCUGUCAGUGUUAAAAGCUCAAAUAAAAACGUGAAUGAACAGUCAUCGAAGUCAAUGAUUUCACGUAAAGCUCAAUUUAGAAUUGUUUACAUUCCGAAUUUUAAGUCAUACUCCGACUUAAUCAUGUCACAGUUGACCAGUAUUACUAGUAGCGCCAGUGGACAGAAGUCAGCUCUAUCGGUCGCGGUGGCGGCGACGACGACAACAGCAACAACAACUACAGUUACUUCUCGAUCAACUGUGAACAAUCAACCGGUGAUCAACCCAACGACGUCUUCUUCUUCAUCACCUGCUUACACUGCUACAAUUCCCUCUGGACAAGAUUCACCUGUAUACACUAGCAGUAAUAACAAUACAAGUGGUACUGGUGUUAGCGCCAGCAUUCCGACGACUGCUAUUUCUACUAUUUCUUCUAAUACUGUUAUUUCUAAUAGUAGUAGUAGUAGUAGUAAUUUAUUUCAGCAGUUGUGCUUUGAAACACAAUGGGCACGAGCUCGGGCUAUCUGCGAUCAGUUGAAUAUUAUCCUGGAGGUUAGUCAAAGCCAAGCUCGUCAGUUUUAUAUUCAAAGAAAGUUGAAUACAUGA